GUCAGGCCUAAGCCACUCCCCUUAUCCCAUUCAGUCCCUUGCUGUAAUGUUCCUCCGUGUUUACUACUGUAUUUAGUGUAGUGAGCCGAGCACGUAUAUGCCGAGUUCUCUUCUAAAGCAGCUGUUUUUUCGUGAGUGUUUCGCAGAAUCUCUUUAGGAAUCCAACAUGCCUAAAAGAAAGAAAGCAGAUGGGGAUGCAAAGGAUGAGCCUCAGAGGAGAUCUGCGCGGUUAUCGGCGAGACCGGCUCCUGCGAAGGCUGAACCCAAACCAAAAAAGACAGCUAAGAAAGACAAAGCAGCCAAUGUCAAAAAGACCAAGGUGAAGGCCAAGGAGAGCUCUGAGUCUGCAGCCAACGAGGAGAACCACUCCGAAAACGGAGAGGCCAAGACCAAUGCGGUCUCAAAGACUCAAAAAGAAUGAAGGAAGCAAAGUCCGAGUAGCACCAUAGCUCCCAUCAGCACUGUCGCCGCAGCUCCUCAUCAGUCCUAGCGUUGUGUCGUUGUCAACCUCCAAGGCAUAUUGUUAACAGAGAAAUAUUUUUAUCAAUGGUUUUAUAAGUAUCAGCACAGAUUUUUAGCACAAACUGAAGCUGAAUGCUGAGCACCUUGUAGAUCUGCAGCGAUUGUUUCUGCGAGAACGCCACACUAAAGGUAUUUUUAAAAGCCAUUUAUUGUUACUGAUAACUUAUUGGGUCUAGAAAAAUCAUACCUGCCUCUAGAGUUUGGAGUGUUUUCUUUCCACGUACCCCUUCACUGUCCUUCUUCACACUUGUUUUUAAGGUUUUAAAAAGUGGUUAUACAUGGCUGGGGGAAUCGACUUUUUUAACCUUGUAUAUUUUUCCUUGCUGUUUAGUCAUUUGUCCUAGAUUUUGGUGUUAUUCAUAACAGGAGGAAAAGAUCACAGCCUUCAAGCACAGAUUCGAGAGAGCUGAUAUAUUUCACUGUAUCUUGAAAAAAAAAUUUAAAAAUUAAAAAAUGGCAGCUUUUAAAAUAUGUUUUCAUGCAAAUUGUAAUUUUUUUACCAUGUGAUUCUGACGUGUUGAAGUCUGCAGGUUGUUAUGUACACUCUCUGAUGUUGCAGUGUCUGCUAAUAAAGAAAAAGGUGGAAUUUUCCUCA